AUGUACAUCAAUUAAUCGAAUCCUAUUUACUUCUUUGUUCCUUACUAUAUUCCAUUCUAAUUCAAUUCUGAAUAGCCUUAAGUAAUCCCGAAGGUUGAAUUACAUGCUGACAGCCAUACAAGCCAAGUUAAACCUUCCAAUGAAGAAAUUCACACUAACGCUAGCGGAAUUAUUCGAGGAAAGGGAUAAUUAUGGACUUAAAAGGAAAUCAAUAAUCUAAUCUCAUAUUAUAAAAAGUAUAAGGGGAAUUGGAAGCAAAUUAUCAAACAUCUCAAAGGUAGAAAUAUUUCCUAAUGUUCUCAAAAAUACAGAAAACUCCAAGACCAGGAGAAAAGGACAAAAAGGAAAUGGUCUCCCUCUGAAGAUCAAAUUUUGAGGGAAGCCUACAAAGAAUUCGGAAGACAAUGGAUCAAAAUAAGUCAAAGUAACUAUUGUAAUAAUUAUUUAGAAUUACCAGGUCGAACCUCAAAAUAGGUGAGAGAUAGAUAUGUGAAUCAAAUAGACCCAACUAUUACACAUGAUGAAUGGUCAGCAGAGGAGGAUAAAAUAAUAUUGGAGGAAUACAAUAAAGGAGGAGCGAAAUGGGCUAUUAUUGCUAAAAUGCUUAGAAAUAGAUCGGUAACGGAAAUGGCUCUAUUUUUAGGAAAAUCAAGUUAAAAAUCGUUUUUAUUACACAAUUCAAAAAAAAUACUCAGGAGAAAAGCACCCAUACUUAAAAGUAUAAGAAUGACG